AUGAGCAACUUUGGGCAGAUCCUGAAGGAGAUCGGGGAGUUUGGUUUGUUUCAGAAGCGUUUAGUGGCAGCAUUAUGCAUCCCCAGCAUGUUCGUAGCGUUCGAUGUGAUCGGUCAGGUGUUUGUAGGCAUGAGCUUCCCACAUCACUGUAACACUGACUGGAUCUUGGAGCGUGGGCCAAACCUGACGGAGGAGAGGCAAAGAAAUCUCACCCUCCCAGUGGGCAAGGAUGGAAGUUUUGAAAGCUGUGAAAUGUUCACACCUGUGGAUUUAGAUUUGGAAACCAUUGAAGCGUAUGGGAUUAACAGUACAACAGGAUGCACCAAUGGAUGGGACUAUGAGGCACCCAUGGGUGCUUCCAGUAUUGUGACAGAGUUCAACAUGGUGUGUGACAGGAGCAGUUGGAUCGAGGCGUCACAGUCCAUCUACAUGGCCGGUCUUCUGGUUGGAGCGCUGGUGUUGGGGCAGAUGGCUGACAGGUACGGUCGACGCAUCGUGGUGGUCCUCUCGCUCCUCCUCUUACUGUCGUUCGGAGUCGGGAUUUCUUUCUCACCCAACAUCUAUGUUUAUAUGGUUCUCAAAUUCUUCGGUGGCAUCUCCAUUUCAGGCAUUAUUGCUAAUGCAUUUGUAAUAGGUGGAGAGUGGAGUGAUUCCUCCAAGUUUGCUCUCUGCACCAUUAUCUGCCACUCCUCUUUCCCCCUGGGACUGAUGUUGAUGUCCGGCAUUGCCUAUUUUAUCCGCAACUGGAGGAUCCUGCAGCUGGUGCUCUUCAGCCCUCUUGUCGUGGUCCUGGGAGUCUUCUACUGGAUUCUUCCAGAGUCCGCUCGCUGGCUCAUCACGCAGGGCAGGAAGGAGGAGGCCAUUAAGGAGAUACGGAAGGCAGCCAGGGUGAACGGGAGGACGGUCCCAGAAGAUCUGCUGGGCAAGCUUGAAGUUGAUGGCACAGCCAAAAGAGGAAGCAUGUUGGACAUCUUCAGGAUAUCAUAUCUAAGAAAACGUGCAUUGAUUUUGAGCUAUUUGUGGUUCGGAACAAGUCUGGUGUACUAUGGACUGAGCCUGAAUGUUGGCAACUUUGGCCUGAAUAUCUACCUGACACAGUUCAUCUUUGGUGUCGUAGAGUUCCCUGCACGUCUGGGCAGUUUGCCUCUUAUCCAGCGCUUUGGGAGGAAAGUAUCUGUAGCAGUGGUCCUGUCGUUUGCUGGUGCGGCUUGUCUUGGGAUACUUGCUAUUCCAAAAGUGUUCUUGUCUGAUUUGUUAUUUGUCCAUCAGAUCCUUCCUGUGGUGAUAACAGUCAUAGCUGUACUGGGGAAAUUUGCCGCCACUGCCAGCUUCUCUAUAGUCUAUGUUUAUACUGCAGAACUAUACCCCACCAUUCUAAGGCAGAAUGGUGUCGGUCUAAACUCCAUGUUUGCUCGUGUGGCGGGCAUCCUGGCUCCACUGAUCAGGCUGCUGGACGUCUACCACUACACCAUCCCCAUGCUCAUAUACGGCAUCGUCCCCAUCGCCGCUGGAGGUUUCUGUUUAUUACUCCCUGAAACGCUCAAUGUCGAACUCCAGGACCACGCUGAGCUCGUAAAACUGGAGAAUAAGCCCGAGAUGAAAUCCUUCACCAAAGAGGAAACGAAGAGCACGAAGAUGUAAUUUAUAUGGACACAUCUAAGUGAGUGAGAUUGAGAGCAGGCAAACGAUUAAUUAAAUGAUGUUGGAAUAAAAAUGUUUUACUACGACAGAAGUAUUAGACUGGGAUUUUUACAUAGUUAUAAUUGCCGUUUGGGUUUUCUCACCUCAAAUGUAAUUGUUGAAUAAUGGACACAGUGCCUCUUGUUCUUUUCUCUAUGUAGAGUCGACCGUAGAGCCUUAUGAAAAAUAUGAAUGUGCAGACAUUUUGAUAUUUCAUCGCACAAUGUAACUUAUUACAUAAAGAGCUGCGAAUUUGCACAACUCGGACCUUUACAUAUAAAGUAAGCAACUGCCUGUCUGCUGGAUGUGUACCUAUAUGUGUGUAAUGUUACUGUUGUGGAACACAUUAUUACUGCUCAUUACUUUGUGUUACUAAUGUUAAGUUUGUGUGAUUGUUGUUUAGGUGCUCAUUUCAUUGGACUGAAAAGUGUUUCCUGCUUUAAAAACAAAUAUAAAGUGCAUAAAAAACUCAGCAUUACGCUGAAUUAGUGGGAGCCCUGAGCUUGUGUCUCUGCAACGAGCCGG